UACCAAUCAAUACGCUAUCACUAAAUCAAGCAUACAACAUGUCCCGUCGCACCACUAUUCCCGAGCAGCCGCCCCGACCGCCCUCACUAGGGAGCUGCAUCAUCUACGGCUGUGGAGCGGGUCUGCUUGGCGUCGCUGCGAUGACAAUCGGCGAAAAAAUCGAGCAAUACUUCACCGGCCGACCAAAUUCAUAUGUUCCGGGUCACACUCUGGAGCGCCUGCUCCGACUACCCGUUCGCCCCGAUUCCGAGCGUUUCGGAUUGAACAUGGCGAUGCACUAUGGACAGGGAGCGGCUGCGGGAAUAAUUAGAGCAUUUAUGAGCGCAUAUGGUGUUCGUGGGCCAUUCGCGGAUUUUAUGUUUGUUGCCAUACGGCUUAUGAUCGAUCAAACGUUGGAGAAUGUUACAGGUGUUGGGGCGCUUCCAUGGACCUGGCCUGUAAAUGAGCAGGUUAUCGAUAUUCUCCAUAAGGGGGUCUUUGCGUUUGUGACGGGAUACUUCACGGACAUGUGGUUACAAGGGUGAUAAUGUAUUCAAGGCCGACGAUUGGCGUGGAACCUGUGGGUUUUAAGAGAACAGUCCCGGGGGAUAGACGCUUACGAUGAGACACCAAUGGUUUCCAUUCAGCUCCUAUGAUGUAGCCGUGAAGACCAGAUUGCGCUCGAUGGGAAAGCUAAAUCGAAGCUCUCCCGCAGGCCCGGAAAUGCCGUCCAUGUCUCGCUGUUGGUGAGUUUCGGAAAUCGAGACAUUGGGAAGAAUCU